GCGCAACCCACACAAACUUUCUACAUUGAGGGAAAAUUGUCGGCUCUCUAUCUGUAAUUUCGGCCGCAUCUUCCAAAAUUCUUCAAUCACCCAAUUUACUCCAAACCUCCAUUCUCUUUCAACAUCACGAAUUACGCACAAUAGACCAGCACCAUGGGUCGCGUGAUUCGUAACCAGAGAAAGGGUCACGGUGGUAUCUUCACCGCCACCACCCGUCUGCGAAAGGCCCCCGCCAAGUUCCGAUCGUUAGAUUACGCUGAGCGCCAUGGUUACGUACGAGGUGUGAUCAAGGAGAUCAUCCACGACCCGGGUCGUGGUGCUCCUCUGGCCCGCGUCGUCUUCCGAUCUCCCUACAAGUUCAAGCAGAUCACCGAGACCUUCAUCGCCAACGAGGGUAUGUACACCGGUCAAUUCAUCUACGCCGGCAAGAACGCCGCCCUCACUGUCGGCAACGUCCUCCCCCUCGCCUCUAUGCCCGAAGGUACCGUCAUCUCGAACGUGGAGGAGAAGGUUGGUGACCGAGGUGCUCUCGGCCGAACUUCCGGCAACUACGUCACAGUCAUCGGCCACAACCCCGACGAGGGCAAGACCCGUAUCAAGCUCCCCUCCGGUGCCAAGAAGAUCGUCAGCAGCAGCUCCCGAGGAAUGGUCGGCAUCGUCGCUGGUGGUGGACGAACCGACAAGCCUCUCUUGAAGGCCUCGCGUGCUAAGCAUAAGUUCGCCGUCAAGCGCAACAGCUGGCCCAAGACUCGUGGUGUUGCCAUGAACCCCGUCGACCAUCCUCACGGUGGUGGUAACCAUCAACACAUUGGUAAAGCCUCCACAAUCUCCCGAUACGCGGCACAAGGUCAAAAGGCGGGUCUUAUUGCGGCGAGACGGACGGGUCUGCUACGUGGUACCCAGAAGACGAAGGAGUAAAAUGGGUUAUCCAGGUCAUGGUUCAUCAAGGCGGUUGGAGUUUUACUUGAUUGCGCUUUGCAUCUCUCUAGGUACUGGUGAGCUAUGAUAAUGAGAUAGGCUCAAUGGUAGUACCCGGCAUGAAAUCCUUUCUACGUGUCCUUUCGAUUGACAAACAUGGAUCUCGUGAAGUUGAUGAAGGAGAACUACGGUUUACAAACGGUAGCUCUGUGUCAUUAGGAGGAAUUCGUCUGAGUUCGCCUGAUGCUCGGUAUGUGUACUAGGUCCUAGAUAUAUACAUAGGCACAUAUCCGAACAAAGAAUAAGUGCAAAUUUCCAACAUAUGGACCAAUUGUGUACACUAUGGCCGAUUCUAGUGUGACGAGAUCACCUGCAACGAAUGGAACCAUAU